GGGCAGCGCCCGCCGCCGCCUGCCCGGCUCCCACCUGCGGCGGCGGCUGCUCUGGGGGCCGCGGGCCGGGCGGGGGGCACCGCACCGCACCGCACCGCACCACACGGCACCAUUCCCCGCCUGCCCUCCAGGAUGAGCCCGGAGUAUUUCCUGCGCUCCUUGCUGCUCAUCAUCCUCGCCACCUUCUCGGCCAACGCCAGCAACUGGCUGUACCUGGCAAAGCUGUCUUCAGUGGGAAGCAUCUCUGAGGAGGAGACCUGCGAGAAGCUGAAGGGCUUGAUCCAGCGCCAGGUGCAGAUGUGCAAGCGGAACCUGGAGGUGAUGGACUCGGUGCGGCGCGGGGCCCAGCUGGCCAUCGAGGAGUGCCAGUACCAAUUCCGCAACCGCCGCUGGAACUGCUCCACGCUGGACACCCUGCCUGUCUUUGGCAAGGUGGUAACACAAGGGACGAGGGAGGCAGCGUUUGUCUACGCCAUCUCUUCUGCAGGGGUGGCCUUCGCCGUGACCCGAGCAUGCAGCAGCGGCGAGCUGGACAAGUGUGGAUGCGACCGCACGGUGCAAGGCGGCAGCCCACAGGGCUUCCAGUGGUCCGGCUGCUCCGAUAACAUCGCCUACGGUGUGGCUUUCUCUCAGUCCUUUGUCGACGUCCGGGAGAGGAGCAAAGGGGCAUCUUCCAACAGAGCACUGAUGAACCUCCACAACAACGAGGCGGGGCGGAAGGCGAUCCUGAACAACAUGCGGGUGGAGUGCAAGUGUCACGGCGUGUCGGGCUCGUGUGAGUUCAAGACGUGCUGGAAAGCCAUGCCUCCCUUCCGCAAAGUGGGCAACGUGCUGAAGGAGAAAUUCGACGGUGCCACCGAGGUCGAGCAGAGCGAGAUCGGCUCCACCAAAGUGCUGGUGCCGAAAAACUCCCAGUUCAAACCGCACACGGACGAGGAUCUCGUCUACCUGGACUCCAGUCCUGACUUCUGUGACCACGACCUCAAGAACGGGGUGCUGGGCACCAGCGGCCGGCAGUGCAACAAGACCUCCAAGGCCAUCGAUGGCUGCGAGCUCAUGUGCUGCGGUCGGGGCUUCCAUACGGACGAAGUGGAGGUGGUGGAAAGGUGCAGCUGCAAAUUCCACUGGUGCUGCUCUGUCAAGUGCAAACCCUGCCAUCGGGUGGUGGAAAUCCACACGUGCCGGUGAUGCACGGAAGGGAGCAGCCAUCCCUUCCCCUCUCUAACUGAUCCUGCUUCUCUCUUGCCCUGUGGCCAGGACUGAGGAAGUGACCCAGACGCUGCAGGGAGAGCACAGCUCUAUACAGAGACAGAGCCCUGGAGGAAAACAGAUUUUAAAAGAAAGGAGCAAAAAAAUAUAUAUAUUUAAAGUUUAAAAAAGGAAAAAAAACCAACCCUCCCCCCCCCUCAAAAAAAGCGAUCGUUGUUAUCUUUUA